CCGUUUUUGUUUUUCGGAUCAAGGCACUGACCUCCGUACAACGCUUCGGGUAGUCUUCGCACUACACUCAUUCUAGGAAGAAUUUAAUAUGGCAACUGUCGAGCAUGAGGCACCGGUGUUGGUGGUCGGUGCUGGGCCGGCUGGUCUGAUUGCCGCUUUGCAAUUGGCGUCAAAUGGCACCCGAUGCAUGUUGGUCGAGCGUAACUUCGACACGACUAAAUGGCCAAAGAUGGACAUUACGAACUGCAGGAGUAUGGAGAUCUUGAAACGUCUCGGUAUAGACCAAGGGCUUCGCGACGUUGGUGUUCCUCAGGAUUACUCGUUUAAUGUCAAUUUUAGCACUGGCCUGUCUGACAAUGGCAAGAUAAUGGGUAAAUGGGAACUUCCAUCGCCGAACAGCUGGCGGGCACGGAUACGCGAGCAAAAUGACGGUUCCAUGCCACGUGAGCCGUAUCAGAGAUGCUCUCAAGCAAUCUUUGAAGCCUGGUUGAAGCCUAAAUUGCAAAUCUCAUCCAGCAUCGAAACCUAUUUCGGUUGGAAAUUCGAAAGCUUGAUCGAAAAGGAGUCCUAUGUCGAAUCCAUCGUGGUCGAUGCUGAAGGGAUCCGGCAUAUCAUUCGGUCCUUAUAUGUCAUAGGAUGCGAUGGUGCAGGGAGCAAAGUCAGAACCGCCAUUGGAAGCAAGUUAGAAGGCGGACCUGUACCUGCCGCGAUGCAUCUCAUCCAUUUCAAGUCAAGAGAUCUGACGCGUUUGCACCAGCAGGGGCAAUUUUGGCAUAUCUUCUUUGCGAGCGGCUCAGUCAUCAUUUCGCAAGACGAGAAGGAUACUUGGACGGUCCACAACCCUGUCCCCUUGGGCACUGAUGUCUCUAAAAUUGACCCUUGCACUGCCAUAUAUACCGCUCUUGGUGGUGAACUCACUCCAUUUGAGAUCAAAGUCGAUGAGGUUUUGGUCACCAGCCUCUGGCGGCCAAACAUUUAUCUAGCGAAUAAUUACACGUCAAGCGGCGGACGGGUAUUUAUCUCUGGAGAUGCGGCGCAUCAGAACAUUCCAACCGGCGGUUAUGGCAUGAACACGGCGGUGGGAGACAGUUUCGACAUUGGCUGGAAAAUUGCAGCAGUUGUACGUGGCCACGGAGGGCCGCAUCUCCUGGAUUCUUAUGAAGCCGAACGACGACCUGUCGCUGCGAGGAAUAUCGAGCGUUCUGGAGUCCACCAAAUGGUACAUCACACCUACCGUCAAUGGUGCCUUGCGGUACCAAAGAUGGCCUCUCUAGAUUCGGACGACGGAGCAGCGUUGAGAGCCAAAAUUUCUGAGCAUGUUGCAGCACACAACGGAGAAAACACGGAUCACGGUAUUGAGUUGGGGUACAGGUACAACAACUCUCCGUCGGUUAUUAGCGAGGAUCCGAAAGCAGAGCCGACAUGGAACUACAAGCACUAUGUCCCCUCGACGUGGCCCGGUGCCCGCGCUCCACAUCUCUUUCUCUCUGACGGCCAGACAAGCAUCUUCGACUUAUUCGGCACCGGAAACGAGUACACCCUGGUCGAUUUCACACCCGAAGCGGCCUAUUUUCAAGCGUUUUCAACCGUUGCAUCUGUGCAGGGCGUGCCACUGAAGUCGGUGCACCUUCCAAAGGAAAGAGCUGCACGAAAGGUAUGGGAAAGAGAUGCAGUCUUAGUCCGACCGGACGACCAUGUUGCCUGGCGAUGCCCAGAGAGCGCCUCAGCGGACACCAUAGACGUGGCGGAGAUCCUUUCCAUCGUCGCUGGAAAAAAGCCGUCCGCAACAUUCAAUAGUGAGCGAGCACAACAAAAUCUUCCGGGCUCCGAGAAUGCAUUCACCGGUACAGUUGGGAUGGAAGCGCAUGAAAAAGUUCAAGACCUUGCUGCAUUCCAGCACUGAUGGUUGGAAUCAUCGAUAUAGCUACCCGGUUAUAGUUUCGUGGCUUUCCAUGCUCUCCGCAUUUACUUCUUCACCCGAUAUUUCUAGGUUUUAGUCAUAUAGAAUACAG